AAACAUUUUAAUUUAAACAUAAAUUGUUGUUGUGUAUAAUGUAUGUGUUUAAAAAACCUAAGUAUCUACAUCAUCAAUUUUCGUUGUAUAUUCGAUCGUCGUAUUUUCGUAUAAUGUACGUAGUUUGUCCUUCGAUCAAUAAUGUGAUCGAAAAUCGCUGGUAGGAGGAACGUAAUAAUAUAAAUAUUGAUUGUAAGCAUACCAGCGUCACGAUAUUUAGUAAGUAGUAUAGAUUUUAUAUGGCCCGAUUAUUAUUGUCUACUGUUUAGCGUAUUAUUAUUAUAAAGUUGUAUUAGUACAGAUAUUGUCAGUGUUUAACAUGGUUAUAUUAUAUUUUCACAGUAUAUUUUGCUAUACCUAUAUGUUAGAAAAACUCACCAAUGGCAAUGAAAAUGACGUAUUCCUGGAUAAUAUAUUCAUGUUUAGUAUUCGGAUCCGGCAUUUUGUAUGGCAGAAAACUCGAAAGACGACAAGCUGUAUCAUCUUGCUCAGUGAACACGGAUAAAUUUCAUUGUUCAAAUGGACUGUGUAUCGAAUGGUCGUGGGUUUGUGAUGGUCGUAAGGAUUGUUCAGAUGGUUUAGACGAAACCAACGAGUUAUGUGCUCUAUACGAUUAUGGAACAAAUUUGACUACGGGUUGUGGUAGAUCAGUUGUCAACAACACUGCUGUAUUGAUCGACGAUGAUAAACAAACACUUAUUAGAGGAGUACCUUGGAGUGUUGGAAUAUAUUAUUUCAUAAGAGUAUCAAAAUAUCCUUUAGCUGGUUACCAAUUUUGCGAAGGAUCAAUUAUUGCUCCAAAUGUAGUAAUUUCUGUGGCUCAAUGUUUUUCUAAUGAAACAGGAUUUUUAUCUCCUAAAAUAUUACUAAAAAAGGGUCCAUUCAGAAUUGCCGUCGGAAAAUAUGAUCAAAGUUCUAAAAUAAUUGGUUAUAAAAAUAAAUUAGUGACUCAAGCAAUAUUUGACAACAAUAAUCAAUUAUUGACUCAAAUAAUAAAAGUUGAAACAAUUUACGUGAAGGAAGCUUAUGAUGGAGAAAACGGGUUUUAUGCUGAGAAUAUAGCUGUUAUUUUGUUGGAAAACAAAGUUUCGUUUAGCAAUGCUGUUGCACCUGUUUGUAUCGAUUGGAAUAGUAAAUAUAAGGUACACACUGGAGAUAUAGGAAAGAUUUCCGUUUGGAGAAUAGAGGAAAAUGGGACACAAAAUCCUGUAUUAAUAGAAAGAUUUCUUCCAUUCAUUGAACCUAGUAAUUGUCGAAAAAAAAUUUCAACCAAAAAUCAACAACUUGUGUAUUUUGAUAAGUUUUGUACAACUUAUACAUUGGGUAAUACACAUUUAGAUUCUGAUUGUAGCAAUGAAAGUAUUAAUUUUACAUUAAUUCGUGUUUUAUUUUCGCUCUUCAUUAUAUACUUUAGAGCAGUAAAAAUGCUUCAAAUUUAACUAUGAUGGAACUUUUGAUAUUUGAUUGUAUGUUGUUGGUAGGUACUUUGGGGGUUAAAAGUGAAAUAUUUUAACGAUGUUCUUAGUAAUUGGAAAUUUUUUUAAAAAAGCGGGUAAUUGGGUAUCAUUCUACUGUACGGUGUUCGGGACAGUUUGUUUGAUUCCCAAGCCCUUAUGAUAGUAUGUUUUUAAAUGGUGUGUUUUAAUUGGUGGUUGGGUUGUCUCUCCGUUACACUUUUAUGGAUUUUAAGUUUAAAUAUGUAUUACUGUCACAUUCUUCGUGCUGUUCUUAAACACACUAUAAUGUUUAAAAAGUCGUAUAGCGUUAGUUUAUAAAUAAAUUAAAUAAAUAAAAAAUGUUACCAUAAGGUUAAACAUUUUUUGGAAUAUUUUAUGAAGGGAAUUUAGAUGAUUGUUGCUAGUAAUUUUAUGAUAACUGAUUGAUAUGGAAUAAUAUCAGUGUUUUUUUAAUUUCGUCUCAAAAUGACUUGUUUUGUUUAAAGUUUUAUGCUAUUUUAAGGCAAGAGUAGUAUAUGGGGCACUUCAGCACACUACCAUUUCAAAUGCAAUAAUUAU